UUUGGCAACGCAAGACGCUAGAGCGGUUAGUUUAGGUGGCAAACUGGACCCUAUCCCUUUAAAUCCAGUCCACUGGUGGCUAGUUGUCACAAUUAUUUCUAGGAAUAACACUAACCAAAAAUAACCAACAAAAUCCACGAAAAAAAGAAAAUAAAAGAAACAAUAAAUAACAUUUAAAACCAACCGAUUCCUUGUUCAUUAACUAACUAAUACGCUAUACAAAAUGAAGAAGAGACUCGUCCCGGAAAGCCGCAAGAAGGAAAGCCAUCUGGAGUUCACGACUCAGGAUAAGGUGGAGAUCGCAGCCAAGGAUUACGGACUGAUGCGGACCACCAACAAAGCCCAGACCCCGUAUCCCCACGUCGAUCCAGGCGUGGACGCCAACUUGCUUAAGGCCCGCCUAUCGAUGCGUCGCCAUUUCGAGUUUAGAAAGUCGGUCAUUUCAAAUAUGUCUGACAAUAAUAGCGAGCGUUUCUCUACGAAGGACAGGAUGAGCGGUUAUGACUUUAAAAAUAAUAAGCCCACUCGUGUUUCAAGUCAAAAGAGCGUCCAUAUGGGUUCCCAGAUAACAAACUUAAAUUACAAGAAUUUGUUGUCCACCGGCACCCCGCAUCCCGUCAAGUCCGUGGCCCUGAAUGUCAAGGCGCUGUCCACCCGCCUCAUCGAGGUGAACCUGCACCAUCCGGAAUCGGGUUCGCCGUCGCCGGAGGAGCGGCCGAGGACGCGAAGAAAGAAGGUCAUGCUGAGGGACGCGUCGACCGUCAUUAUGAUCCAGCCGGAUACGACGCUGGACUGCGAACGGCUAAGCGAUGUCAGCAUGCGAGUCACCCGGCUCGACUACAGUGUCCCGAACAGCCGUAUGAGCGUAGAUUCCCUCGCGAGCUUCGCGGAACGGCGUAGGCUGUUCGACGAGGGCGAGUACACCAUCGCGAGGAAGGGUAAGAAAAUGAGCGACACGAUGAUGGCGGCCACGACGUAUGAUAAGCGGCUUCCCGACCACACUACCAUGUUCGCCAAAAAGGCCAAAGAGGAGAUCGAGAGGUAUAUCAAGGCGCAGGGACUGAUCAAGACCUCGCACGACCACUGGAAAUGGGCCCGUCACUUCGACGUUAAGACGCCGGAGAGCUCGUCGGAUUCCGAAAAGCCAACUGUGGACGAUAUCUAUCGGGACAUGAGGCAUCAAAAAUCAAACAUACAAACAAAACCCAAGUAGCUUGCCCUCUAGUGGGAGUGCCGAAGAAGACGAUAUUCUGCACUGCAGCACUUGCUCAGCUUCUCCAACACUCCGGCUAGGCGGUGAUUUCAUUCGAGAUAUUUUGCGAGCUUGUUUUUUUGCAAAAUUAUGGUCAAAUCUUAAUUGUAUUCAAACAUAAAACCCCUAAAACUUAA